ACCCAACUCUCGCGCGGACAGAGGAAGAAGUGGUUCCUUCGGCAGCUCAGUCGCAGACGCCCAACCGUACAAGAAUGGCCUCCCUCUUGUCCUCGUUCAGGAAGCAAGUGAUGUCCUCGGCCAGCUGUUGCACAUCUGCUACCCCGUUCCAAACCCAUCGCUCAAUAAAAUUGAGACGCUGUCCCCGGUACUGGCCGCAGCUGUGAAGUAUGCCAUGGACGACAUUCUACCCGCUCUUCGAGAAGACCUACGUCGGCUCACCAGAAGCUCUCCGAUACGCUCAUAUUGCCUCGCGGUCCACUAUGGCCGCACGGCCUGCCUUGCAUUUCCCAUGUCCAUCCUUCACGCUUCCGACGUACCCGAGCUCAAAUGCAUCAAUGCCAGAGCGCUGCUCAAGCUUCUCCGUUACCACGAGCGAUGCUCACAGCAUUGGGUGUGGUUCACAUGCAACAGCAGCGGAGGAUACUGUCCCUCUGCUCCCAAGGAAGGCAAUUUGGCGAAGGGGAAGCAAUGUGUUCCUACCUUGUGGUGGUACGAAUACAUGUGCUCCAUAUUCGACGGGCUACGUUGCACUCCGUGUGGCGCCUCAGUUAGGAUGGAUACGCGCGCACUUGACAAGGCCAUAAAGGCAGCCCUCAAAUGCCCUGUGUGCGAAAAGUUCGCGCAACAGCAAAUGCGUAUAUAA